CCGUCAGGCGGCGCUGAUGCCGCGACGACGUUCGGUCGAUAAAGAACGGGACGGAAGGGCUCUUCGAGCUCUUCAAAGAGGCGCUCGCUCUCUCGAUACAGCUCCUAUCGAGUAUCGUGUCGUCAGACCGUGGCCGGAGAUUCGCGACGGGGCUGACGGAUAUUUUUCUCUCCGCGCGACGACAAGAAAACCGUCGGUGGUAUCGCACGAGUGCGACUGAUAUGUCGCGCUGGAUGGCGCUAGUCCGAGGACGGGUGGCUGCGUAAAUCCAUCACCGUCAUCGUCGUCGGUCACGCGGAUCGCUACUCCGACGGGUGGCCGCCGCCCGCGGCACAUCUCUCCGCGACAGCAGCGUCGAAACAUGCGUCCGUUGCGGGGUGACGGGGACCGAGCGAUAACCGAGGAGGCUCCUUCGAGGAACUGUCAGGGGAACCGUCGCCAUCAUCAUCAUCGCCGCCGACGCCGCCACCAUCACCAUCACCACCACCACUGUUACGCGUGAGUCAGUGCGGGAUCGGACGGAGGCGACGCACGCAAAAUGGCUUCGGGCGACAAUGUGGACGUGAUCGAAGUGGUUGAGACGACGAGCCUCCCCGUGCCGGCAACACAGCCCGUGGUGGAUCACCUCAAGCCGGAGCAAUCCACCAUCGAGGAGGACUAUAAGUCGACCGGAGAGAAAACAACAGCAUUUGACAACUCAAUAGUACAACAUGGUACGACGAUUGGCAAGACCCCUGCAGGGGUAUCGAGAAACAAAUCGGAACGAGAGAGGAAGAUCGGGCAUCGAAGAGUUGGAGUGGGAGGUGAAAUCACAUAUAAGAAGAUCCAAACUACACAAAUUAUGGGAUCUAUCCAAUUGGGUAUACAGCAUGCUGUUGGUGGUCUUGCGAGUAAACCCGAACGUGAUUUAUUAAUGCAAGACUUUAUGACAGUGGAAACAACGAACUUUCCAAGUGAAGGAUCAAAUCAUACUCCGGCCCAUCAUUUCUCGGAGUUUAAAUUUAAAAACUAUGCACCUAUUGCAUUUCGUUAUUUUAGAGAUCUCUUUGGCAUUCAACCAGAUGAUUUUUUGAUGUCCAUGUGUAGCGCACCACUACGUGAGUUAUCAAAUCCUGGCGCUAGUGGGAGUAUCUUUUAUCUAACGGAUGAUGAUGAAUUUAUCAUAAAGACUGUACAACAUAAAGAGGGAGAGUUUUUGCAAACUCUACUUCCAGGAUAUUAUAUGAAUUUAAAUCAGAAUCCAAGAACAUUAUUGCCAAAAUUUUUUGGAUUGUAUUGCUAUCGGUGUAAUAGCAAAAAUGUUAGAUUAGUGGCUAUGAAUAAUCUUUUACCUUCAUCUGUAAAAUUACAUCAAAAAUAUGAUUUGAAAGGGUCUACAUACAAGAGAAAGGCAUCAAAACUAGAACGUUCGAAGUCUUCGCCAACGUAUAAGGAUCUAGAUUUUAUAGAGCAUCAUCCAGAAGGUAUCUUUUUAGAAGCCGAUACAUAUGGUGCAUUAGUAAAAACUAUUCAACGGGAUUGUCGUGUAUUAGAAAGUUUUAAAAUUAUGGAUUAUUCUUUACUUGUUGGAAUCCAUAAUCUUGACCAGGCUGCAAAGGAAAAGGCUCAAGAACAAAGAUUAUCGGCAAGCGCUGAUGAAGAAGGGGAAAUGGGUGGUGAAAGUGAUGGAUUCAUUCAAACUGAGAGAGAAAAAGAUAAAGAGGAUAGAAUAGGCGCUGCCGCUUUAAAUCGAUCACGUAGUAUAAAUCGUCAAAGGUUGGUUGCUCACAGUACGGCAAUGGAGAGUAUUCAGGCUGAGAGCGAACCAAUAGAUGAAGAAGAUGACGUACCUGCAGGUGGCAUUCCUGCCAGAAACGCUCGUGGUGAACGUCUUUUAUUAUUCCUUGGCAUUAUUGACAUUUUGCAAAGCUACAGGUUAAAAAAGAAACUCGAACAUACAUGGAAAUCAAUGAUACAUGACGGGGACACUGUAUCGGUACAUCGACCAGGAUUUUAUGCGCAACGCUUUCAGGAUUUCAUGGCCAAGACAGUAUUUAAGAAAAUACCAUCACUGGACCUGCCUGAGAUUAAGGGGAAUCACCGCAAAUUCCGUAACCUCGUCACCAGCUAUAUAGCUUUGAAACAUUCCCCAUCGAAGAGAAAAAGUAUUAGCAGACCACUGAGACCAUUGGAGGGUGACUUCGAUUCAACCGCGGUGGCGGCAACUGGAGGUACAACAAUGCAUGCUACAUCACCUACGAAGGCCGCAGUUAGCCCGGCCGAUCCUGCGAUCAAUGCGACGAACGUGGCGGCUUCGGUGCCGAUCGCCACCUCGACCCCGGUUAACCUUGCCGCUGGUCCACUGAGCCCGCCCCCGUUGACCUUAGCGGCCAGUCAAGGUCCACAUCACGAGCAUCCGCCCGGGGCCGCUCCCACGGUCAAGGUCACGAGUUAUCCGGCUGUGCUGAAGGGUAGAAGCGCGGCCAGUCCGCCGAAUCCGAACUUGGUACCGUCCGGCAAGAUCCCGCCGCCGGUGCCGCCGCGGGGCACGGGCGCCUCGAGGACCGGCAGGUCCUCCGAGGAUCACCGGGCGGCCGGCACCGCCGCCUCGACGACGUCGUCGAUGACUUCCAGCCGAGGUGGCACCCUUCCUUCCACUUGCUCUACCCCGCCCCCGCCCUUUGACGAUGCAGUCCGCUCGAAUGACCAAACCCUGGCUUCCGGUGGUCAUCUUCAGCAGGGCGGCGCAACCACUAUUCUCGCGAGCAGCCUGGGCUCUGCUCAUUUCAAACAAAACAAAGUUGUUCAUCAUGUUACCCUCACUAAGACGUAUCACGAUACUGUAAGGAAAAGGAGAAUCAUAUCGGACGUGCAUUUGGAGAGUAGCGGUAGCGGUAGUGGAAGCGGCGGCAGAGAAACCAAGUCGUCGCUGAGCGUCGAGAGCGGCGGCAGCAGCAGCCGAGGUGGUGGCGGUCUCACGUGGACUCCACCUGCCGGAAGUGCCGAGGGUUCAACACCCACGUGGACCGAAGGCACGCCGUCCUUCACCGAGAGCUCUAGCAGCGGCGACAUAGGUUGCCCGACAACGCCGAUCAAGGGUAAUCAACGUCAGGAUAAUGGUGGAAGGAUCGCGGCCACUGUGGAGGAGGCCUUAGCGAGUCUCACGACUGAGAUGAGGCGAAUCAGUCAAGAUGGGCAACAUCAAUUGGAGCAAAGCACAUCCUUUUCAUUAUAUCGUCAAAUCAGAACGAGCUUCAAGCGCGGUAGCUCGAACCACGUCGCGAUCAUGAGGAACAUGCAAAGGGCAUUAAACAUUCGUCGGGUACCAUGAUGCACGCAGAGAUUCAUCAGGAUUGAUAUAAAUUAUUUUUUCACAACCCUCCGGAAUCUUGCAGAAUCAAUAACAUCAUAACACAUGUAUAAAAUGCAUACGAUUGAGCAAGUCUCUCUAUGAAAUUUCAGAUCUGAAAUAUGAUCAGAUUAUGUUAAAUCACAUGACGCUAGAAAAACGAUCGUUGAUCUUAUCGCGAAAAGGCGAAAAACAAUUUUAAAUGCAGGAUACGCAAUAUCAAUUGAUAAAAUUAAUUAAAGAUUUUAGUAAUGUUUUUAAUAAUGAGAUAUAACGAUGAAAUGAAUUACAAACCAUCAUGUUAUUUCGAAUUUACUUAAUACGAUUUUAAUUUUUAUUUUGCUUUUUAUAAAUAAAUAUAAUACAAUC